GGAAAUCUUAUUCACGUCCGGGUCAGAUUGUUUCCAGCAUUUUCCCAAACAGCUGAUCUGGUCUAUACAUUUCAACUGUGAAGACUAAAGAAAUAACGACAUAUUUGAUCAUUAAUAUGGAUUUCUUAAAAGCUGAAAUCGCGAGGAAGAGAAAACUAAUUGUAGACAAAGAUCUUAUUGAUGAUUCAAAGAAAUACUUCAAACGAUCCGAUCUUGCCCGAAAAGAAGAAGAUGAGUAUUUCGAAAGAUGUGGCUACAAGGUUCAGAAAGAGGCACCUGAGAGACAGAUGGAGAAGAAAGAAGAGAAGGCUGAUCCCUCCACCUCAUCCAAUAGCACGUUAGAGUUGGAGCUGACUGAGGAGAAGCUGCCAAUGUCGCUCUCCCGGCAGGAGGUGAUCCGGCGGCUGAGGGAGCGAGGGGAACCGGUGCGUCUGUUUGCAGAGUCAGACUAUGAGGCCUUCCAGAGGCUCAGGAAGAUUGAGAUUCUCGCUCCGGAAGUCAACAAGGGUUUGAGGAAUGACCUGAAGGCAGCCAUGGAUAAGAUUGAUGCACAGUACCUGAAUGAGAUCGUAGGGGGCACUGGGGAGCCAGGCGAGGUGGACACACAAUUCGACCUAAGAGUACACGAGGCAGACACAACCAUCGAGGAGUUGGAGGCUCUGGGUAAAUCUCUGGGAACGGGAGAUGACAAUGGGGACCAGGAUGUCAUCGACAAAGUCCUUAGGUUCCUGCUGGGAGUCUGGGCGAAGGACCUGAACGGUCGAGAGGACCACGUGAAGCGCAGCGUCCAGGGCAAGCUGGCCAGCGCCACCCAGAAACAGACUGAGUCCUACCUCAAACCGCUAUUCCGGAAACUACGCAAGAAGAGUUUGCCAGCAGACAUCAAAGAAUCAAUCACAGACAUCAUUAAAUUCAUGCUGCAGAGAGAAUAUGUAAAGGCGAACGAUGCAUACCUGCAGAUGGCCAUUGGUAAUGCCCCCUGGCCCAUCGGGGUGACCAUGGUGGGCAUCCACGCCCGUACGGGGCGAGAGAAGAUAUUCUCCAAACACGUGGCCCACGUCCUCAACGACGAGACCCAGAGAAAAUACAUCCAGGGACUGAAAAGGUUGAUGACUAUCUGCCAGAAACACUUCUCCACAGACCCCUCAAAGUGCGUGGAGUACAAUGCCCUGUAGUACACUGACCGUCUACACCUGUGGUCAACAAGCCUUGUCUUAGAGUCCUGGGGUGCGCAGGCAUUUGUUUCAACCUAGCACUACAGCACCUAAUUCAAUUGAUUAUGGUCUUGAUGAUCAUAAAAUACGUUGAAUCAGGUGCGCCAGUGUUGGGUUGGAUGGAAAGCAUGCCUGUAUACUUUGUAGUCUUACAGGAUCAGGAUUGGUAUCACGUCUGUGGAAGUCACAACAGCUGAGGAAGUCUCUGUACUUCUGUCUACAUACCUGUCAAUGGAGAUCCAGCUGUUCAUGUAUAUUUGGAGGCUCACUUUUUGCCACUGUUUACUGUUUUGGGUUGCUUUUUUUUUUAGGGUGUACAGGUUAGUAUUUUCCUUGUUACUCAAAUGAACGAACAUGCCGUGUAAAUAUCCCUUCUAAGAUUAGUCUUUCUCCAGUGUGCUAGUUCUAUAUCUUUGUAAGAAUGGCCAUGAUGUGUAAGUUUUAUUAUGCAAAGCUUUGAAAAAAUAAGCUUUAAAUUCAAGAAUGAGAAAACAGCAGUUGAAACCUGUCAAAGUAUACAUCUUACCUGUGUGAAAGGUAAACUGUCUUCUUAUUAAUGCAAUAAAUAUAUCUAAAUUCAAGGGUGUUUGGUGUCAGUCACUUUUCAUUCCUUUAUUAAGAAGUAAUAUUAUUUAGAGAAUACAUUUUGAUGGAACUUUUAGAUAACUGCAAAUGUUCCCUAGCUUUAUAAUGUCGCAAUGCACAAGAUCAUUAAAUGAGAAGCGCCAUUUUAAACGAAGGGCAAAGUUUGCUAUACAGCUGUAAAAUGAUUAAUCUAUAAUCUCCAGAAGCCAACAGCAGAGCCAAUGUUUAUUAUACACUUGUCUGUCUACAGAGCAACGCAUUGCUGCAGAUCUUUACAUGCUGACCAGACACUGCGUGAAUGUUGCAAGAUAAAUUUACACAUGUUAACAAACGUUGCUCGUGGACGUCUGUGUGGCCAGGCGCAAAUCGUGCCUCUCCCAUCUCAUUGGUUUUUAGGAGCAUAUACCCAUGUGAUUGAAAGAUGAAUUGAGGUUCACGCUCCAGUCAGUUGUGGUAAUUGUAAGAAUUUGUAAGAUUUUCUACUUAGUGUGCCUCUAACAUGCACCAAGCUAACAAACGUUAUUACCAUGAAUUGCAGCUAUUACACAUGUUUUCCACUAACCAACUAGUUAUGUCUCAAUGCAGCUUACACAAGCAAACUGAUGUUUCCACUUGCAGCACAUAACAGGAACUGGCCCAACCACAAGCCUACGGGGGCCCCAUCUCGUGAUAACAGCAACAGUGUCUGGCAUGCUCGACCCUGUGAAAACAGGAACACACACAUAUAUGCCAUAGCUUAUCCAAGGCACUCACACCCAGAUUUAGAGCUUUGAUAGAAACUCAACAUCAUCAGAACAUUGCGCAAGAUCGCAGGAAGACGCAUGAACAGAUGGAGCCAAUCGACGGUGACAACACCUGGACCUGAGCCAACCAGAGGACCAGGACUUCAAGACUCAACCUACUUUCUGUGUUGUAUAAAACAUGUAAACAAACUGUUUUAGGGGCUCUCUUCCGCUGGCUCCCUCAGAGCUACUGGAACGAGUCCGUGCACGCUGUACCAAAUAUCUUCACUCUGAAUAAACUAUCGCUUGUCAUAUAAUUUA